GACUACUUGACUCAGCGUAGAAGCUAGAGAUUGAAGGAGUCCAGAUAAAUAAUCUACUCUCUCAUGAUAGAGGCAGUGUGUUCAUAUGAAGCCUGAGACUGGUCAUCUCUGGGAAAGUGAAGCCAAGUUUCAUUCUGGCAAGCUGAAACCAGUCUGGAGUAUAAAGAGUGAAGAUGAGGAAGUUACAAUUUACAGGACAGAGAUAUCUUAACUUCCAUCAGAGAUAAACAUCCGGAAGCAUGAUCAACACAGAACAGCUAGUGGCUGGAAAUGGAGUAAUUUGAGCUGUGGAGGAAAUGUAGAUAAAAAUGAAUAUCUUAAGUAAUUUUCCUUUCAUCAUUAAUGCCUUAUGUUCACUGUGCAGACCAACUGCAGUGAAAGGGAAUAGACCAUGGAAGUCAAGGCAAUGCUGCUAGUUAUACAUGCCAGGAUACCUCUCCUCUGAAUGAAUUGCAUCCCAACAGGGUCUCGCCCCUCUUCAUGAAUCAGAUAAAGAUGAAUGCUGAUAUGACGGAAGUCCAUGUAGCAGCCCAUUAUUUCAUUCACUGAAGAGCAUAGGAGAGGAAAAAAGGAGCUUUUUAUCACAUUUCCAAAUGGAUAACUUCACUGAAGUCUCCAUGGAUUAUACUACAACAAAAGGAAACUUUUCUAUUGAAGACACACAUGUAUUUGCAACAGGUUUAGUUUGGCUAAUGAUGAUCAUCUCCAUCCUCGGCUUUGUUGAGAAUGGAGUAAUCCUCUGGUUCCUCUGUUUUAAAAUCAGAAGGAACCCUUUCACUGUCUACAUCGCCAACCUGUGUGUGGCUGAUGCCUGCUUACUCCUUUGUGACUUUGUUCUGUCAGUUUACUAUACUUUACAUUCUGAAGUCUAUUUUGGUAUUUACUACACACUAACCUUCUUCUCUUUUACCUUGCUUUUUGGGUAUAACACUGGCCUCUGUUUCUUAAUGGUCAUCAGUGUUGAGAGGUGUCUAUGUGUAUUUUACCCAAUAUGGUACCGAUGUCACCGCUCGAAGCACCAGUCAGUUAUUGUGUGCACCAUUCUGUGGAUAUUUUCUUGUCUGGUCACUACUGCAGAAUAUUGUGUAUGCAUCGAUACAAUUACUGAAGAGCCAAUAGAAAGUUACAGGGAAAUAUGCCGGGGAGUGAUUAUCUUCCUUUGUAUUCUGAAUUUCUUGUUGUGUGCUCCGCUCAUGAUUCUAUCCAGCUUGAUCCUUGUCGUGAAGACUUAUAAAACCCCCCUAACAUCUCAUUUCUCAAAGCUCUACAUAAUCAUAGUGACUACAGUCAUUAUCUUCCUUAUCUUUGCCUUGCCUCUCAGGAUCAUGUAUCUCUUGCAGUAUCAAUAUAAUUCAUUAUUUUCAGAUCUAACGGGGAACCUUAUUAUGUUAUUGUCCACCAUCAACAGUGCUGUCAAUCCCCUCAUUUAUUAUUUUGUGGGGAGUAGUAAGCAAAACCGAUUCAGAGAAUCCCUCAAAGCAGUCUUUGACAGGGCCUUCAAAGAUGGAUCAGAACCAGAAUCUCACGAAACUGCUGUCUAUCAAAGAGCUGCUUCAGAACUAGCUCAUUAAUGUUCAAGAACAUUCAAAAGCAAAGUAAAGCAUGGUGUGCGUGGAAGUUAACAUAAGUACCCUUAUAUAAGGAGAUGGAUUUUAUCUCUUCAGUGGUAGAAACAAGCUAUCGUUUUUCAGGGGGAACACACACCUAUUUUUCCUAAUGUUCCUUUGUUACAACUACAUAUAUAACUCUUUGUCUUUAAACACCAGAAUUAUGUAAUGUUGGAUUGACUCUUUCUGCCUUGUUUCUAGUUCAGUAAUAUACUCGUUUGAAAAAACAAACUAUGAAAUGUAUUGUACUAUGACAGUGUUGCCACAUGUUAAAAUCUGUUGGAGUGAAUGAAAAGGAACAGACCUAAUAAACUGUUUUGAGACCCUCUCACAGCAGAGGUUUUUUUAAUUCUUUUUUCUUAGAACAUUCACUUCAAUAUUUGAACUUAGUUGGUUUCUUCUUCCUCUAGACCAGAUUCUGACUGUGGUUAUGUUCAUGUAAAUCUGGAGUCGCACUACUAAAUUCAGUACAACUUCUCUAGAUUGACAUUAAUCUUCAUUUGAUAUUGGCAUUAAUUUUUUCUGAUUUUAACUUGAUAGUUUUAAAUGUAUAUUUAAUGAGUUAACAAUAUUAUGUGAAUGAACAGUUAUGGGACUCAUUUUUAUCCCACCUACUCCAGCAACUCCUGGGGUAGAGAAAUUUAAUAUCUAUAUUUAAACCAAUGGGAUGUUAUCUCUCUUAACUGAAAGAUUUACCGUAGAUCAGCUGAAACCUUUGUUCUUUUAUCACAUCUGCUUUCUAUUGCCAAACACAUUACAAUAAAAAGUAAUGGAAAAGUACAUAUGCAUAACAUUUACUGUAUGUCUGGAUAUAUUUGUAUAUGUGUAUAUGUAUAUAAUUUGUGUAUGUAUAUAAGUAUAUGUCUGUGUAUAAACAUUUAGGAUGUAUUUACAUAGACAUAUUAUAUGCAUAUAUCUUAGCAGGAUAUAGUAAAAGAUAUAGCAAAAGUACCUUGUGUCCUAGUCUUCCACAUACACAACAGUAUACAAAAUAUGUCUUAUAAGAAAUAUAGCUUCAGACACAUAAAGGAAACAAGAAUAAAAAUGGUAAUGUACUUUAA